AUGAUGUUUGGGAGACCCCGAUGCAGAGAGUGGACGCCUCUGGCGACCCAGCAACUUCGAUUAAGAAGUCUAAUUCAGAUUGUCGGCUACAACAUACGACCGCCCGAAUGGUGUACACGUCAGUGCAGUUACUACCUAACGCUUCAUCACACAACCAUGUCAGCGCCGUUCUACACAAGUGAGAGGAUAUGUUCACCACAUCCGAAAUGGAAGGAGAUUGAUUCUGAAAUAACGCAACGAAUGUCUUCCACGAACGUCGUAAUUCGAAUAUGGUGUCAUAUCUUAUGGCCUAUCAAUACGGAAGAAAAAUGUGAACCUCAAGACACCGUCAUACAAACGUGGGGCGUCUAUUUCAGCGGUCUUAGAUAUAUCGGGGCCAAUUUAUCUUUAAAUUUCACGUCUGACUGUUUCAAAAGCAACACGCUUGUAUUUCAAAUGCACGGAGGCUAUUUUUGUUCGUAUAAAAGCCUCAAAUUAGACGUUAUACCUCCAGAGAACGAAGUUGAACACGGAUCUCUCUCUUCAGACUCCUCUGGAAGGACCAAUGUGUCUAAAGUUAUUCUCGAAUCGAAAGCUAUACAAAACCAUAAACUAAUAAAAGAAUCUAGAUCAAUAUCGCCCAGCAAAUACUCACGGAUAUCUGACAAGGAGUACUCCAAAAGUCACAGUCCAGUCGAAAGAGGCUUCAAGCAGAAUUUUCCCACUCUAAAAUCGUCCGCAAGCUUAAAUAUUUCUCUUAAUCAAAGGGAAGUGAAUCGUAGUAGGGAAGGCAGCAGUGAAAGAAAACGAAACGACCCAAUUCAAAUAUAUGAGCAUUCGCCUGACCAUUUAGACGUAACAACCAGUGAUAUGACCUGUGAUAACCAUUCGAAAUACGCCUCACAAGAGGAAUUGUCUGGAAGCAAAAUAGAUUUAAGUGAAACCGCUGAGAAUUACGAUUUGAGGAACGAGUCCGAUGGUGAGCCGAAAUAUCGAUAUCUGGCUUUAAAUUUUCUUAAAUCUGAAAUACGGCCUAGUUACAACGCCAGUAAACUACAGAAGCUGCAUCUAUUACAGUACUCUAUAAAGAAACGGCAAGAAGCGGUACAAGACAUUAAAGAGAGAAUUUUUAAGAAAUCCGCUCUUACUGAUGAUAGCUGGCUCCAAUCUAACGACCGGUGUGACGUUAGACAUAGGAAAAGUCGAUCCCAGAGAAAUUUGUUUUCUCCCGACGAUAUGUACGAUAAGGGGAAGUCUGCAUCUCAUAGCGACUUGAGCGUUAAAAAUGGAAAGAUUAAAGAAGAAAGGCCAGUGUCAAAUGGACCGCGGCUUACUUUGAAAUUGAAUGACCUUUUGUCUUUUAAGUCUAAACCUUCUCCCUUUCAAAGGGCAGAGCAUGUGAGACUGACGAAGCAAUUGGAAAUUCUUCGGUUCAAGCGUAUAAUUUUGUCGGACGAGCGAGAUAGUAAGCUGGCGAACAUAAGAAGACUGAAAGAGAAGCAUUCUAAAUUGUUUGAAGAGAAUCAGGAUGUUGGUUCGGAACUAAUGGAAAACUAUCAUACGUUGUCGCGUCGCAACGAACUAUUGAAAGAGACGAAACAGUCUUGUGCCGCCAUGCGUGAAUUGGCAGCGAGGACUCACGCAGCGUUAGCGAGUCAACGAUGCGAACUGCUCUCUCAGUUUCAUCAAAUAUUUUAUAUUGAACAGAGGGACGCGACGACAUGGUGUAUAAUAAAUGUCCCGCUGCCGAUAUGCGACGAUGAGAACACGCGAACUUCCAACGCUGUAAGCGACUCGGUUGCGGCCGGCUUCGUAGCGCAAGUGACUACGCUCGCCGCCGCCAUUUUGAAUCAACCGCUUCGCUACAAGAUCACUUUGCUGGGCUCCGCCAGUAAGAUUCUAGACAUCGUGCCCGACUUGCCUGACCCAAACAUACCCUUAUUCGCCAGGGGCGGUGAUGUAACCCUCUUCCGUUACGCGAUGUUUUUGAUGAAUAAAUGUAUAGCGCAGUUGCUAUGGGGCAGGGGACUUUCCGUUACUGAUAUGAGGCCAACUUUAAGUAAUCUGCAACGAUUGUUAACGACUCCAAGUAACUUAUCGGACACGUCGAAACUGUUCGGCACAUAUCGAUGGUUGGCCGACAAUCAGUGUCCGCGAACACAGUCGCUACGCAGCCUAGUUGCGUCGGAGAGGGGGAAAUACAGACAGUUCAAUCGAUUUAAGGACGCAGUGGACGGUCAGUCGCCUCAUUCUAUGUUGAACCAUCGAAGGCACAAGCAUUCGCGAAGCGUUGGAAGCUAUCAUGAUCAGGAGUUAUCUAUUUUAAACGCUUCAACGACUUCGAUAAUGGGAAGUGAUUCAAACAUAUACAACAUGAAACUGACUCAAGAAAUUGCAACUGAAUCAAACCAAAAUUGUCACAAAACUCACUCAGAUUCGGAAAUAUCUAAAAUUUCAACAGAAGAAUGUAUAGUUCAAAGCAGUUCCGACAGCAAAGUACUGUUCACUUUGGGAGAUGAUACAGCGUUGGUAGAUCUAGAGACAGAGAAGCUGGUGAAAAUUUCAAUCAAUAACGACGACGAAUGGGUGAAAUGUGUUGAUGAGAACGUCAAAAGAAUUUGUUCGGAAAUUGAGAAUUUCUGCUCAAAUAACGUGAAUUCGGUGACGGGAAAGUUUGAAAAGGCAGAUAUAGAGAUAGCGAAAUUUAUCGAUGAACGUAAAACUAGUGUCGAAAUAGAAGAUGCUGUUGACAUAUCUUGCGAUACGUGUGAAAAUAACAGGGACGGUGUUUGUGAUAUAGCGUGUGCCAACAACGUUAGAGACGUGAUCGUGAUACCAAGUGCCGAGGCCAUAUUGGAUACAGGUCAGAUGCAAUCGGAUAAAGCGAUUGAUAGCAUUAGUGAAUUACAAUAA